UGAGCAUGUGUGAAUUUUUGUUUCGCAGAUCUGAGCCGAUGAAGGCAGACUUGAUAUUAGCAGAAGUUAGUUUCCAAAUGAACGUGGUCGCGUUAGCAACAAUACGCUUAAACUAAACAGUUGAAUUGAAAUAUAUACUUUAAAAUAUAAACAGUGACUGUGGUGAGUGGCAAGAUAACAAAAAUAAUAAAGCAAAAGUUAAAGUGAUAAUUAAGAAAAUUAAAAAAAUAAAUCAGUGAACAUGCUAAGCAUGAAUGAGUUCGUUGAUAUGAGAAUGCAGCAACAGAUCGCGCAUGAAUUAUAUAGGCAGCAAAUUAUGCAACGUAUCCCGGACCCUUUUCCACCUAUGCUCCCUUUCCAUAUGUCCCAUCACAUAUUAGUUCCCCAACGCCCGUCAUUGCCUGGUGUAAAAGCUAAAUUGGAGAACAACGAACUAUGGAAGCAGUUUCAUAGAAUCGGUACGGAGAUGAUCAUUACAAAGAGCGGAAGACGAAUGUUUCCAUCAAUGCGUGUUUCAGUCUCCGGUCUCGAAAAGGAGGCAAAUUAUUGUGUUUUGCUGGAAAUGGUUCCCGUAGGAGAUUGUCGGUUUAAGUUUUCUGGUUCCCAUUGGAUACCAGCUGGCGGAGCCGAGCCUCAGAGCCCCCAACGAAUGUUUCUGCAUCCGGAUAGCCCAGCUACUGGUGCUCAUUGGCAAUCCCAAGCGAUCAUUUUCAACAAAGUUAAACUCACCAAUAAUACAUUGGACAACAAUGGACACAUUGUACUCGCCAGUAUGCACAAAUAUCAACCUCGUUUGCACAUCAUCCGUACUUCAGAUCUAACCCAGCUACCUUGGUCGCCACAGCAGGCCUUCGUUUUUCCCGAAACAGAAUUCGUUGCAGUCACUGCUUAUCAGAAUGAUCGAAUUACGAAGUUAAAGAUCGAUAACAAUCCCUUUGCGAAAGGAUUUCGUGAAACGGGCCAGUCACGUUGCAAGCGCAAACUAAACAACUUGAAUACCGAUGAAGAUGAUGUAGAAGGAAAUCCAUCCAGUCUCAGUAAAAAUCCGUUGGCGUCCAGCGAAGAUGAUCGUAUCAGCGUUAGCAGUGGUCCAAUGGACUCGCCCCCCAUAAAACGCUGCCGUUCGCUCGACUCCUACGAUGAUGAUACUUACACAAACUCUAUCAGUUCACGUAGCCGUGAUAGUAUAUCACCAUAUUACGAUGAAGCUUUUUACCCGACAAUGACAAUGUACCAUAGGGAACCUCUACAGCACCAAACCUUAAAUCCACCAAUUGAUAUUGCUGCUGCUACAUAUUUAGCAGCUGCAGCCAACAUCAAUUCACCAAUGUCCUCAGCACUGAAUGUAAUGGAGCCGUUGUUAAUGGAUCUACCACAAAAUUUAAAAACCCAGACACACUUGCCACAUUCACAUUUGCCAAAUCUACAUUUUCAAUCCGCUAGCAAUUUUAUGCCGAAAGUUAACGUAAUGACAAAUCCUACUGCAGUGACGAAUACAAUUCAAGCACCAACUGCAGAGAACUCAGCAAUAUUAUCCGAAACCACCAGCACCCAUAGCGAAGACGAAGAAGAGCCGAAGCAAACGAAACGCAAUAAUUUUAGCAUUUCAGCUAUUUUGGCAUUUUAAAAUUUCAUAAAUUCUAUUCAAUUAUGUUUUAAAUUCAUCUAGCAUAUCUUUAGAACAUUUAUAUAUUCAUAUUGUGUACUUACAUACAUAUGUAUUGACAAAUUUGUAACACACACAUAGGAUGUAACUUGAUCUAACUAACUAUGUAUAUUUAAUAUUAAAUUAGAAUGUAAAAAUCAAAAUUUCUGUAAAUUAUCUGCUCAUUAUAUAUAUAUACAUA